AUGCCCAUCGCGGCGCUCCCCCCAACCACCGUGCGGGCAAUUGGCUCGGCGUCUGCCCUUUCCGAUCCGUGCUCCGUCGUCAAGGAGCUGCUCGACAAUGCGCUAGACGCGUCCGCCACCUCCGUGUUCAUCGAGAUAUCCCAGAACACGGUGGAUCUCAUCCAGGUGAAAGACAAUGGCCACGGAAUUCCCUCCACGGACCACCCGUCCGUCUGCAAACGCACUUUCACCAGCAAAAUCCAGACCGUCGAGGAUCUGAGAUCCGUCGGCGGGAAGUCUCUCGGCUUCCGGGGCGAGGCAUUGGCUAGCGCAGCCGAGAUGUCCGGGGGGUUGACGGUCGGCACCAGGGUGGAGGAGGAGGCGGUUGGCACGUCCGUGAGAUACGGUCGGGAUGGGGAGCUUCUGAGUACGAAGCAUGUUCCGCACCCGGUGGGCACCAGUGUCCGGAUCACAGACUUGUUCAAGCACAUCCCGGUCCGCAGACAAACCGUACUGAAGAACACGGCGAAGACGCUGGUGAAGGUCAAGAAACUUGUGCAGGCAUAUGCUGUUGCUCAGCCGUCGAAGAGGCUGUCGCUGAGGGUCCUGAAAGCGAAGACUGAGAGUAGUAAUUGGAUGUACGCCCCGCAGAAUGCCACUCUUCUCGAUGCAGCUUUGAAAAUCGUGGGCGCCGAGGUCGCUGCUGGCUGCCUGGUGAGGGAAUGGCCGGGGUCUCGAGCAGGGAGCACGGCAUUCCGGCUGGUGGCUCUUCUGCCAGACCCAGGAUCCGAUCUUUCGAAAAUCAAUGCCUUGGGGCAAUAUAUCAGCAUCGAUGGCAGGCCCCUAUCCGCCACCCGAGGAAUCGCCCAAGAUAUCGCGAAGUUGUAUAAAUCCUAUAUACGUUCGACUGCAUCGAACCUCACGGAUCCGUUUCUCUGCUUGCACGUGGUGUGUACGCAGGCAAGCUACGACGUCAAUGUCGAACCGGCCAAGGAUGACGUUCUCCUAGAAGAGCCGCAAGAGCUUCUCUCCAUGGUGGAAGACCUCCUGUGUGAGGUGUACGGCGCACAAGCCGAUCGCACCGAAAGGCAGGCCCCCAAAGUCAAGGAAAGAGUCACAUAUAAGAACCCAUUCGACUUGCUUCUGGCGCGCAAAAGCCCGGGGAGACCUACCCAGUCUAGCAGCGGUGGGAAUUUCACGUCGGCUCGUUUUGUCGCGCAGACCCCUGCUGCAAGCCCCGACAAGAGUGCCGAGAAUCGCAUCGGGCCGAGAGCCAAUCCCUGGAAGAAUUUCAUUACACCCACAGUCCCGAAUGGAGUGACAUCGCGGGAUGAUGCACGUGUCACCAGUCCGAUGAAGAGGAACUCAGACCUGCCAUGUUCUUCAAGGUCGUUCUUCCCCAGUCCAUCCGCGUCCAGCGCCAAAACCUCUCCUGCGUCUGCUACCCACUCACCCGGUAUGCCGACAUCGGGGUCUCCCAUACAGACCAGGGCCUCGAGGGAACGAGAUAGAGAGCGCUACGGGAAUGGCUCUCUUGACACCUGGUUUGCAAAGACCACUCUUGUCUCCCUUUCGGCCGAUAAACCUGGCGAGCCGGUGGAGCGUCCGCUGAACGAACUAGCGCAUGAACGAUUUGGUCCGCAGGGGCCUGUCAGUACACAUGAGCAGAAACGAUUUAGUCCUGAAGAGCCCGUCGGUACACAGAGUGUGUGUCAUACCCCGACGCAGGAUGCUGCUGUAGAUCGCACUGCAGAACCAGAAGACAUUGAACCAGAACUCCAACAGAGACACGCGGGCCAGCCUGUCCUCGAACGAUGGUCAGCGCGGCUGCACCAACUGUCCAAGACUGCCCACGAAGGACUGCAGACUGCACUCGAUUUCGAGAACCGCAAGCGAGAUGCCAUCCUUCUCUGGCGGGAGCAGCAGUCCAACCCCCAUCUCAGCCGGUAUCAGGCCGCCCGGGCUGCCCUUCAGCCGGCCGACGAGUCCAAACCCGUACUCAACCCCCACGAUCCACGGUCGUACCUCAUGCGCCAGCGGGCGCAAAACGAAGAUCCCGGGACGGGGAAAGUCAAACGGAUCAAUACGAACAAGCUGCCACUCGAAAACAUCCCCGACGGGUGGGAGCUGCAUGACGUCGGUCUCAAGGCCGACCCCGCGCCCGCGACAUUCCUCACCAUCGCCAAGACGGAUCUGUACGCGCGGUGCGGGGAGCAAUCCGACGCAUUUACGGCGGAUGACGCAGGGCUGGUUGAUCUCUGCCGCCGUCGGUUGACGAGCUUGAUGAAUGCCGAUUUGCAAUUUGAUUUUUCGCAUCUAGCGCGGCGCUUGGAGGAGUAGUACACAGGCUGUUUCAUCGCAUCUGCUGCAUCAGUUUCUCAUCGUGCAUUGAUUUACAUCGUUGCACUUGUUCGCACUGCAAUUCUUCUGCGUCAUAUUAUCACGCAUCAUUAGCAUCCCAU